CUUCCGCCCCGCGCGCGCGCCUGGCUGGACGCGGCCCCCAGCGUGAGAGCGACGCCGGCGCGACGCUGCUGCUGCGAGUGCUAGUCGUUUCGGAGGCGCCAUGGCGGCCGAGCUGAGCGAGAUGGCGGAGCAGCCUCCGUUCCUGCCGCCGCCUUCCUCGUCCUCUGGCGGAGGCGGCGCUGCGGAGGAGGCGGCCGAGGCCGAGAGCGAAGCCUCCUCGUCCGUUUCUUCCUCGUCCUCGUCGGGGGUCGGGAUGGAGGCCGAGAUGCCGCUGAACGGCGAGGGGGCCGAGAGCAUGUCGGAGCCCAGCCCGCAGAGCGCCAGCCAGGCCGGCGACGGGGACGACGAGGAGGAGGACGAUGACGAUGACGAGGAAGAGGAGGAGGACGAGGAAGAGGAGGACGACGACGACGAGGAGGAGGCCGAGGAGGCCGGCUCCUCCAGCGGCUGCUGCAGCGACGAGACGCGCUCGCCCAGCCCCGGCGGCAGCGAGGCCGACGCCAAGGCUGGCCCUGGCGGGGAGAGCGGCGGCGGCGCCCGGCCCGGCGGCGGCAGCCAAGAGGCGGCGGCGGCGGCAGCCCCGACAGGAGCAGGCGGCCUGGGCGGCGGCGGCAGCGAGGCGAGCAACAGCAGCUGCGCGUCCUCGGCCUCGUCCUCCUCCAGCGGCGCAGGCGACGAGGGCUACAGCACUGGCGGCAGUAGCGGCGGCGGAGGCAGGGCGGGAGGCGGCGGCGGAGGCAGCUCCUGCAGCGCCUCGUCGGGCGGCCGCCGGGGGAGCCUGGAGAUCUCUUCGGACGGGGAGCCUCUCAGCCGCAUGGACUCCGAGGACAGCAUAAGCAGUACCAUAAUGGAUGUAGACAGCACAAUUUCCAGUGGUCGUUCAACGCCAGUUAUGAUGAAUGGACAAGGAGUUACUGCUUCAUCAGCAAAAAGCAUUGCUUAUAACUGCUGCUGGGACCAGUGCCAUGCUUGCUUCAACUCCAGCCCCGAUCUGGCAGAUCACAUUCGCUCCAUACACGUUGAUGGCCAGCGAGGAGGGGUGUUCGUUUGCUUAUGGAAAGGCUGCAAAGUGUAUAAAACACCAUCAACAAGUCAAAGUUGGUUGCAGAGGCAUAUGCUGACACACAGUGGUGACAAACCUUUCAAGUGUGUUGUUGGAGGCUGCAAUGCUAGCUUUGCAUCCCAGAGUGGGCUGGCUCGUCACGUUCCAACACACUUCAGUCAGCAGAAUUCUUCAAAAGUUACCAACCAGCCAAAGGCAAAAGAAGAAUCUCCUUCCAAAGCAGGGAUGAACAAAAGAAGGAAACUAAAGAACAAACGGAGGCGCUCAUUACCAAGACCACAUGAUUUCUUUGAUGCACAAACGCUGGACGCCAUACGACAUCGAGCCAUCUGCUUUAACCUCUCUGCUCACAUAGAAAGUUUAGGAAAAGGCCACAGUGUUGUAUUUCAUAGUACUGUAAUGGCCAAGAGAAAAGAAGAUUCUGGGAAGGUAAAACUGCUGCUUCACUGGACACCAGAGGACAUUUUGCCUGAUGUGUGGGUAAAUGAAAGUGAGCGACAUCAAUUAAAAACUAAAGUAGUUCAUUUAUCAAAGCUACCAAAAGAUACUGCCUUGCUUCUGGACCCAAACAUAUACAGAAAAUCUAGUAAAGGAGGUACAUACACUGGAAUCCUGAAAGAUCACUUCUGUUAAGAUCACAUACUGAACAAUGCCACAGAAGAGGUUGAAGAGGUAAAGGUCAGCUCAGCGGGGACACCCCAUCCUACCAUCUUAUUCACUGACCAUGGAAAUAGAAUUGAAGUUGCACAUUAGUCAAGCCCUUCCUCUCAUCCUCUGCCCAAUACCUGCACACCUAACUGCUGCCAACUGUAGUUAUUUAUGCUUGACAUAACCAUUCUGUGAAUGAAGAAGAUGCGUCUGUGGAGUAUAUUAUAUAUAUCAGUAUUUCUUCAUAGAAUGGUACGAUGGAAGAUGCAGCAAGCACUCGUCUGGCAAUAUAGUGGGCUCUCUCCAUGGCUUUGCAUGCUUCUUGCUUUCCUUUAAGCAAUUUUCCUUCCCAUGGCUUGCAUCGGAUAAAGUGGCAGUUGCUCAGUUGCCAUGUACAACCCUCCCUGCAGUUCCUUUGUGUAAAGAAGCUUCUUGGGAUCCUGUCAUUGGUAAAUGAAAUUAACACACACUAGAGAGAAUCCUUUUCUCGGAGUAUGGUGAAGAGUAAUCCAUUGUCACUUUUGUGAACUCUUAGUGUCUUAUCGCAUAACCCUAAGUGGUGGUAUGUUUAAGCAAAUGGUGGUGGCAUAUUUUCAUUGCUAGUGAGCAAGUAGUGGUGGCAUAUUUUCAUUGCUAGUUUUUUAUAUAUAUAUAUAUAUAUAUAUAUAUAUAUAUAUAUAUAUGAGAGAAUGAGAGGCUGAUAGAUGUUAAAUGUUGCUGUAUAUCUGAUCCUCUCCAUAAUACUAUUACUGUAUGUUAAUAAGACUUUAAUAACUUCUACAGAAAAGGGUAGUGACAUAGAUUUUUGUUUGUUUACUACUUGGCCUUUUAAAACUCCUAUUUGCUUCUAAAGAAUCUCCCUUCCCCUCUCCUCUCCAGCCUAAAUUUUUCUAGAUGUUAAAAAAAAAUGUAUUUUUAAAAAAGCAUCUAGAAAUACAAUCGUUUAUGCACCAAAGUUGGCUACGAAAAGAAAAAUAAAUUGCUUCCUUGCUUUACAAAGCAAGAAAUUGUGAAUUUUCUUAACCUACAGGAAUAGAAAAAAAAAAGUGUGUACCUUGUUUGUCUUGUAUGGAGACAAAAAAAGUUGCAUAUAGAUAAUGGGACAUUGCUUGUAAAUAAUUUUGCAGAUUUGUAAUAUAUUUUUAUAUUAUGAAAUGUAUUGUAGAUGGUUUUUUCUAGAGGCAUGGACGUUAAAAUGUAUAUAUUAUGGUAGAAAUAAUAUUGAAGGAUAUUGUAAUUCACUAGUGCUGCCAGAAUAAUUCGUUUAAAAGCAAGCACCUUUCUUAACAAUAAAAAGAAGAGUCUCUUGGAUUUCUAAGAGACCAUAUACUACUGUUGUAAUAACAAAAACACAUUAAACAUCCUUCCAGAAAUCUUGAGGGAUGCACAGUAUCCAUAGGAAGUUUAUGGCACUCCUUGCUGGUAAUGGAUAUGAAAUCGGUCAUUUCCUUGCUUGUUGAAAGGAACAAAUGUAAAAUAUAUAUGGUGGCUAUAUGCAGUCAAACUGCAUGAUUAACCCUCCGUGUUUAGGAGGAAUUUUCGCAUUACUACAGUGAAUAUAAAUACCAGCUGUUUUUACACUAAUUUUUUAAAAUAAAUAGCAAAAAUAAAACUCUAAACUCUGUCUAGCUGAAGUGAGCAUUUCUCAGUACUGUAAAUGGGGUCCACCUUAGUGCUGAGGAGAUGCUUGGCUCACAAUGGGUUUAGAAUGGCGUAUAUACAUUUAAAUUCCUUAUUGAUGUGCAGAUGAUAAGCACCACUAACAUGGAAUGGGUCCGGAGUAGUUUAAAGGUAUUUCAUAAAGAUCUGUAGCAAUGUAACUAUUUAAACAAAUGCAGUUUUAAUUUUAUUUUUUUGUUUAAUUUUGCUUGAGCACUUCAGUUACUGCUUAAUCUUUAUCUUAUAUGGUCAUCUGCAAUUGCUUUGGUUCUUUUUAAAAAAAGUUAUAAAAUUGCCAAAUAGGUGUUUUCAGAUAUAGUUUGUAUUUUUUUUUUAAUUUUAUUGCUUCAUGAGUUUCUUGUUUGCCAUUCAUAAUGGACAGAUGAUUGUAGACCUUGCCUGAAUAUUUUUUUCUAAUAAAACGGAACAAAUACAACCUUA